AUGACAUGGGAGCAGCGGUGGAUGGUGGCAGCAGUGGAUGCAGUGAUGGGGAGCUUGGUGCAUGCGGAGGAGGAGGAGAUGGCUCGACUGCUUGUGGCGCAGCAGAGACAACUGAAGGCGAAUGCAGCAGUGACAACAGCAGGAGAAGCAGCCUUGGAGGCAAGGCAAGCACAUUGCAACUUGGAAGAAGCACGUAGGCAGGCCGUGGUGGAUCUUGAAGCAAGCCAAACUGCGCUCGAGGAAGCAAAAAUGCGUCUGGGGGAUCUCAAGACAGCACGUCAGCAGCAUGAGGAGUUUCUGGAGAAACAAAUCGCUCAGCAGAAGCUUGUGGUUGAGCGUGCACUGAAGCAAUUGCAGGAUGUAGCGAGAAGGAUUGCCAAGGAAGAAUCGGAAGUUGAUGCCAUUGAGGAAGGAGUGGCCAAGGUAAAUAGCAGCUGGAUUCAGCUUGCAGCUGAACAGCAAAAACUUCAUGAGCUUUUCUUGACUUUCUCAAAUACCAUACGUCCUUAA